UAAACUUACAUUUCUACCUUACCCCAUCAGCCACUCUUUUUACUAAAUUAUUUACUGACCUUUGGCUUAAGCCGUUUACCCACCAGUAUAAGAUUGCAACCACUUCCAAAACCACUUCCAAGCUCCGCAAGUACCCGGCGGUUCCCCGCAUCUCGCACGUGUCGUACUGAGGAUACAGAUAAUGCAAAUUCAAAUUCGAAUAUAUGAUUGAUUAAUAUUUGUAUUAUAGGUUAACGAUGAGAACAAGCCUUGGCAUCUUUUCUCUUCGGAAGAUUUGAACGCAGUUGAACUUCGUCCAAAUAUUGUUUGAUGAUUUGUCCAAAAGAAAAAGAUUGAAAAAUACAUAAUUAUUCAGCUUAUAAUGCAUGUUAUAUCCAAAUGUGAAUAUUUGGGUGGGACAGAGGGAGUAACUGUCUUGCAGGCAACCACAUCCACAUACACCGGUCACGAAUUGUCUGAUCCUACAUUCUCUUUCAGCAAAGGAACACAAAACAUCAAAGAACAUUCAGAAAGUUUAUUGCUGCAUUAUCAUCGCAUCUCUUCCCAGGAAGAUUCAUUUAUGCAUUAGGAGAUCAUCACAAUGAAACGUCAAGGAAUAAUGCAGUCGAUAGUGAUGGCUGCAUCAGAAACCGAUGGAACCGCAUCAGUAAGCGGAUACUUGAUCAGCAUCAAGUACUAUCAGUAUCAGGAGAUUGAGUUUGACAAGUUUAGUUCCCGACAAAGAUAAAAUAUUUUUUUUUGUGAAUUUGAUAUAAAAGUUAGAUGUAAAAAUCAACAAGUAUUAAAUGUAAAAAAUAAAUAAUAUAAGUGAAAAUUAAAUAAUAUAAAAAAUUAUACAAGUUUUAAGCAGUGUUCUAAAAAGCGCAUUAAGCGGCCGUCUAAGCGGGUGCUUAAGCGGAAUCGGAGGAUAAAACGCUUCGAUUUUACAUUAAGCGGGUGAUUAAGCGUUUUUUAACAUUAAGCGGUCUGUUAAGCGGAUUAAGCGGUCAUUAAACGGAUUAAGCGGUCAGAAUGAUGUUGACUUGCUAAUUUUUUAUAUUUAAAUAAAAAUAUUUUUUUAUAAAUAUUAUUAAAAUUUUAAAAAAAUAUUAAAAAUUUCUUUUUUUAUCAAAAAUAUUUUAUGUUUAAAUUCUUAUUACUUAAUUAUUUUAUAAUUUUAAUUUUACAUAUAAUAUUAUUAUAUAUAUAAUUUUAAAUAUAUAUUAUUAAUCCGCUUAAUCACCCGCUUAAAAUUCCGCUUAAACGUCCGCUUAUCCGCUUAAGCGCUAGAAGGUCACCUCACCGCUUAGGACCGAUUUGCGCUUUUUACAACACUGGUUAAGUAUAAAAAGAUAUAAAUAAUAAAAUAAGUGAAAAGUGUAAGAAAAGUAAAAACUAAAAAUAAUACUAUUUUGAAAUGAACUGGAACAUGAAAAUGAAAAGGAAAAGUCUGUGUGCAUAAAUAGUGGCCGACAAGCCUCAUUACUGUGAUGCACAGCUGGCGCUAGGGCUGAGCAGAACCGAACCAGAACCGAAGAACCGAACUGUGAAAAUUCGGUCUGGUUCAGUUCCUUUUUUUCAAAAUUUCGAUUUUUUCGGUUUUUCAGGCCGGACCGAAUUAAAUUUCGGUUCGGUCCGGUCCGGUCCUUUUGAAAAAAUUUCAGUUCUGGACCGAAUAGACCGAAAUAUUUAUAUUAUUUACUUAAUAUAUUAAAUAUACUAUAUAUUUAUAUGUUAAUGACUACUCAUCUGCUGUAAGUUUAGCGGCACUCCGCAUAGCCGCUUGAACCCUAAGUCCCUAACCACUAACCACAUACGCGAUCUAUACUAUCCAAGAAUCUAUAAUCAGAGAUUCAAACUUAAAGAAUCCAACAAUCCAAGGUUAGUUAAAUCUCUUUAAUAACAAUCGGCGAUGCACAUCAAUAACAAUCAAACACAUACUAUCAUCACUUCAUGUUUGUUUUAAUUUCUUAUUGCUGAAGACACACACUAUACUUAGACCCAGUGUCCACACUCCACUGUAAUGACUUUUGAUUUGAAUUCUGUAAAAUUUGAUGGCGGCUGGUGUAGCCUGCAAUUUGUUUCUUGUAUCUGAACUUGAUGUUUGAUUUUGAAUUAUUAUGCUGCAGCUGGUGAUUCACAGACAUGCUUGUGUAUUGUGUUUUUUUUUUGACUUUUCAUAUUUUUGUUUAAAAAUUUCGGUUCUCAAGAAAAGAACUGAACCGGACCGAAUUAUUUGAGUUCGGUUCCGGUUCGGUCCAUAUGAUGAUUUCGGUUCGGUUCGGUCCGGGAAAAAAUAGUAUUUCGGUUCUCGGUUCUUUCGGUUCGGUCCGGUUUUGGACCGAACCGACCGAAUGCUCAGCCCUACUUAUUACGAAAAUAUAUAAAUAUAAAUAUUAUACAGAAUUACAAAUAAUUGCAAAGAUGCAAAAUUAGAUGUUUUCCGGCAUCGAUCAGCAACUUCACCGGACAUCAUCACUCUUUCUCCGACGACAACUACAACACGAAGGUAGCUCGUUUUUCUUGGGUUUGGUUUCUUCCAUUGUCAACUCAUUAAAAUAAAGUCAAUAUCUUUGAACAAUUCAAUCACACAAUUAUACUAGUCUUCUGUGAAUCUGUCAAAAACUUAACAAAUCAAUAUUUAUUUAUUACACGAUCUAUCUCUCGACUCUUAGCUGUCCCAAAUCUCAGUUUGUGUGUCUUGUUGUACAACCCCAUUGGUUGAUAUCGUUGUAUUUGUGUGUAGAUUGUGAAAUUAGUGUCUGUUGUAUGAGACUAGUGUUCUUGAUUUUCUUGAUUUGAACAUGGAUAAUAAUAAUAAGUAUAAUCCUCCUCCAUACCCAUAUGGUUAUGGCUACCAUGUUCCACCAAAUCAACCUUACCCACCUCCUCCGUCGCAAAAUCAGCCGUACCUACCUCCUCAAAUUUACCCUUACUCGCGGCGCCUCAAAUCAGCCUUUUUCAGUACUUCUGUAAGCCUUGCACUAUCCUACCAGUCAUACCCACCCCAACCGCAAAAUCAGCCUUACCCGCUAAUUUUACCACAAAAUCAACUUUACGUGCCAGUUCCACCGCAGUACCACCAGUAUCCGGGAGCUCCUUAUGAUCAGAAUUACAAUUACUCACACUUGUACCCUUCGCAACCAGCUCCUUAUGUGAAUCCUCCUAAUUCGGAGUAUAGUUACCAUCAGUCCCCACAUUCGACCCCGCCGCUAUCGCAUUCUAGCUUGGGAUCCUAUCACUACUAGCAUCAGCAUUCGGCUUCGAACUCAAGUCUUCAACACCAGAGUUCGCUGCAAUAUGGUUCGGAUCAUGAAUAUUAUCAACACGAGUGUGUUCCCCUCAACAAGGUCGAAGACAUGUAUGUAUUAUUUAUUCGCCUACCAGCUAGUGUGCUCGCCGUGUUAGGCAUUUAGCGUGGUCAAAAAGAUAAAAACCAAAUUGGAGAUGCUAGAACUUGUGGGGUGGUCAGGUUUGUGAAGGAGCCAUGGGCCAGAAUGGUCCCGGGUUCAGCAUAUUACACCGAUAAUAUGGUGAAAUUUACAAAAACUUGGAUGGGGAUGUGAAAUGUUACCGCAUGUUGGAGAUUUGGAGCUUGUUUGGGAUUUACAGCUAGAACAAUCAAGGAACUUGAUCCACCUCCAUGGCUCAAUAGAAUGCGUGAACUGGGAUACCCACCUGGAUAUCUAGGAUUUAAAUAAGUGAAUAACAUGAACUUGAUUGGAUAGAUCACGUGAUGGACCCGGACUUAUUGUGUUGUUUCGAGACACUUAAAUUCUCGCUUUUCUCAAAAAUUAUUACAAAAAUAAUGAAUAAAAUAAAUGAUGUUAUUUAUCUAAAAAAAUUUUCAAUUUUUUUUGAAAUAUCAUGACAAAUCUAAUUUAUUUUAGUUUGAUAAUUUAGGUGUAGGAGAUAUUAUUAUUAAUAUAGAUAAAAUCAAUCAAAUUUUAAGAAAAGAAUUUAAAAUUAAUUUUUCAAUACCUAUCAUUUUCCUUAAAUCAUAGUAAAUUCUCACCUGACUGAGAUAAAAUAUAUCCUGAAUUGUUAACAAGAAAAUGUAAUAUUUUUCAUAUUCUUUCGAGACGUGAUCAUGUGCUUGCUCCGAUUAAUCCGGUAAAGCCUCUGGAGUAUGCACGUGAACGGAUGAAUAAAUAAAUAACUGUGUCGGGAAUGAAUGAAUAAAAAAUUCUCCUCACGUUGCAUCAACUAGCCAAUAUUACAAUAGAAAACCUAAGGUUAAUUUUAGGCCCGGGUAUAAUUAUCUGAAUCGGUUUAAUCCGGUUUAUAAAUUGGAAUUUUCGAGUUUUUGUUAAAUUAAUUUGAUUUGGUUUUUGUAAUUAAAUAACCAAUCUUUUUUUGUUUGAAUUCGUUUUUCACUUUUAAAUUGAACAUUUAACACAUAUAUAUAUUAAAAAUAAUAAUUUUAUAAAUGUCAUCUAAUUAUUUUCGUUUUAAAAAUUAUUUUCCACUUUUUCAAGAUUCUUAUUUAUUAUUACUAAUUAAUAUGUGAUAAUUUUUUCUUUUAAUAAAGAAGCUAUAUUUUUCAUAACAACAAAUAAAGAUAACAGCCUGGAUGAUUUUUUUAUUGAAAGUUUAAACAAAUAUCAUUUUACUUUUUAUCUAAGCAUUUAGUUAACAGACAAUACAAGCAAUACUUAAAAAUAUUUAUUUUUUUAUUAUUAAGAUGAACCAUGUUAUGAUAUUAAACCGGAGUCGAAUUGAACCAAUUUCAGCAAAAUGCCAGGGAUUCAAAAAACUUAUAUCGAUUUUUAUAUCGUUGAGCUCGAUUUUAAAUUUAAAAACCGCCGAAACCAAACACUGCUCGGUGCUUACUGAAUUAGCAACUAAAAGAGCAAAAAAUCGAAAAUCUCCUCACAUUCCCCGUAUUACAUUUUUAUCAUCUCACCAGCCGCCAAAUAUCUCUUUCGAGAAUCAUACUAUUCAGUACAGGGAAAGAUGGGCGAGGCUAUUGUAGCUGAUUUAGCUGGCGGAUUGCUUGGCAAGCUUGUUUCACUUGCAGCCGAAGAAGUUGUCCAGGCCUGGAAUUUUCAUGAAGAUCUCGAAACACUCCACCAGCGCCUGGAAUCAGUUGGAGCUCUCCUGUACGAUGCUCAUAACAAGAAGUUAAUUAUGUCUUCUGCCAAAAACUGGUUUGACAAACUUGAAGCUGUUGCCAGUGUUGCUAAUGUAUUCAUGGAUGAACUUUCAUAUGAAGUCACUCGAAGAAAAGUGGAGAAUCAGUAUAAGGCACUACUUGACUUCUUCAUUCCUUCCAAAAAUACCUUGCUAUAUCAUCUCAAGGUGGCUCGUAAAAUCAAAUCCAUUCAAUCUUCCUUUGAUAAAAUUUUCAAAAUGGCGGUGGAUCUGGGACUACAGCCUGUAGCAUAUUUAGGCUCAACGGUGCAAGAUAGAGACAUUCGCAGCACCACUUCCUAUGAAGACAAGUCCAUAAUAGUUGGAAGAGAAAAAGAUGUAUCGUACCUAGUUCACACAGUGUGCAAAAAACAUGAAGAGGAUUUACAAGUGGUUGUUGUUGCGGGAAUGGGAGGUCAAGGAAAAACAACUCUUGCUCGUUUGGUGUUCAAUAGUAAUGAUACCAUUAAUAAUUUUCCAGAGAGGAUGUGGGUCACUGUAUCAGAUGAUUUUGAUUACAUCAAGAUUUUAAAUGAAAUGAUAGAAUCACUUACUUCAAAGAACUUGGGAUUGAAAAUUCCCCAAGGACUUACCAAUGAGCUCCAAAAGAGUCUAAAGGGGGAAAGGUUCAUCCUCAUACUAGAUGAUGUCUGGAAUGAAGAAUCGGUGAAGUGGGAUAACCUGAGAAAUUCUUUGCUUCAAAUUGGUGGUGACAAAGGAAGCUGUAUUCUCGUUACAACCCGUAAACAGGAAGUCAUUGAUGCCAUGAGAAGUUGUGUGUCUUAUUGGCUGGAAAAAUUAUCACAAGAUGAAAGUUAUGAACUGUUCAAGAAAAUAGCAUUUUCAGAUAGAGGAGUUCUAGAGACCGAGGCAUUCGCGACCUUGGGGAGAAGCAUGGUGAAGAGGUGUGGUGGCCUACCUCUGGCAAUAAAAGCAUUGGCGGGGUUGUUAUACUCGAAGAAGUCUGAGCAAGAAUGGUUGGAGAUCCAAAGCAGUGAAACAUGGCAAUCAAAAAGAGUAUUGCCUUCCUUGAAGUUAUCAUAUGACAAUUUACCUUCUUUGUCAAUUAAACAAUGUUUUGCAUAUUGCUCUAUUAUGCCAAAGGAUUCAGUCAUUUAUAAGGAUGAACUGAUACAGAUAUGGAUGGCAUUAGGGUUCCUCCAGCCCCCAAGAAGUACUGCACUGAUGGAAGAUAUUGGCAGCGAUUACUUCGAAAUUCUGUUGGGGAAUUCUUUGUUACAAGACGAAAAAAAGGAUGACAUUGGGAACAUCAUCAGUUGCAAGAUGCAUGAUCUAGUGCAUGAUCUUGCACUAGAAGUAUCUGAACAUCAUGCAGUAACUGUGAAGGCAGGUAAAGAGCUGAGUCAUGAUUGCAAGGCUGUAUACGUGAGGCUUGAUAACGGGGUUUCAAAUAUCAAACCAACGAUUCUGAAGCGUGCCUUUGAGAGAGUACAAGUAUUAUAUGCUGGGGCAGAUGUCAUUCUUCAUGUGUUACCUUAUCUCACCCACCUGACUGUUCUGGUGUUAAAUGUGGAUUAUAGUUGGGAUGCCCGGAAGUUGCCAUUUUCGCUACGCAAGAUGAAAUAUCUUAAACAUCUUGAUAUUUCACGCUGCGACUUUAGAUUGCCCACUGACAUCACAGAAUUGUACAACUUGCAGACACUGAGAGUUGGAAACCUAAAUCAGCUUCCUACAAGGUUUAGCAACUUGAUCAAUCUGAGACAUUUGUGCAUUAAAAAUAUUAGCUCUUAUGGUGAAAGACACGUGCUUAAUGGGAUAAGAAGGUUGACAAGUCUGCAAACGCUUUCUUACUUUGUUGUGAGUAAAGAUCAAAACUGUCUCGUUGGACAACUGGGAGGGUUGAAACAUCUUAGGGGUGAGGUUGGACUCCAUGGCCUUGACGAGGUGAAAAAUAUUGAAGAAGCAAGAAAAGCAAAGCUUUGUGAGAAGUCCAGUAUUCUGUGUUUAGAGUUGAACUGGGGUUCCAGCGGUGAGGAUAGUGGCAAUGAAGAAGAAGUAAAAGAUAAAGAAUAUAACGACCAGGAUGUGAUGGAAGGAUUGGAACCUCACCCAAAUCUGAAAAAGUUAAAGAUUGUCGGUUUUAGAGGAAAGAAGUUUGCAUCUUGGAUUACAAUGAUGCUGAACUUGGUGAAAAUCACAUUCAGAAACUGCAACCGAUGCGAAGUACUUCCACCACUUAGUCACCUUCCCAAAUUGAGGAAGAUAUUGAUUGAUGGGAUGGCAAAUGUUAGGGUUGUGGGAGAUGAUUUUUGUAGUGGCCAAAGUGUAUUUCCUCAACUUGAGGAGUUGGAGAUUAGGGAUUGUCCAAAGUUGAGAAAGAUACUGCCUGUUUGUUUUCCGUCAUUGAAACAAGUCACCUUUGUCGAACUGCCAAAUCUAGAAGAAUGGGAAGCAGCAGUUAUAAGUACAGGGGCUAGUUCUCAAAGUGAAUUUCCUAAACUUGAGAGUUUGGAAUUUUGGAGAUGUCCAAGGUUGAGAAAGAUCCCGAAUAGUUCUUUUCCUUCCUUAAAGCAAUUGCAAAUUACUCAUUUGAAGAGUGAUAUGAUAUUGGGAAAUAUGAGCAGGAAUGUUAGCUUACUAACCUCUCUACGUCUUACAAGUAUCGGUGACGGACGAGGAUACUCAUCUUCUUUAUCUUCGUUUUCGAACAUGGAAUCCCUGAUUAACAAUUCUCUGUCUUUGACCAAAUUAGAGCUAAUUGAUUGCAAGGGAUUAAAUUGUCUGACUCUUGGUAGCUCCCUUGAAUACUUAGAGAUCCAUGAUUGCCCGCAUCUAACUAGUAUAUUUUUAGUUGAAGGGUCAGCUGCUCUUAAUUAUAUUGGGAUUGCGAAACUCCCCCCCUCUCUUCUAGAUGGGGGAUUUCCCCAAAUUCAUAGUUGCAGGCUUGAAUAUCUGAGAUUAGGUCCCUUCUCAGAUGAUUGGGAUUAUAUGCCAUGGCCAAUAUCAUCUUCUUCUUCUUCUAACCUAAUUAAGCUAGACCUGUAUGGGUGGGAAAAGGUUAAGUCAUUAGUGCCCUUUGAGCAACCCCUGUUCACCGGCUACCCUGCCUUGACUACCAUGAGUUUAUAUAAUUUCGAAGGAAUGAAAGCUCUUCCGGAUUCAAUAGCAAAACUCCCAUCUAUCAAGGAAUUAAGAAUCUGGGAUUGUCAUAAUUUGGAGAGUUUGCCCACGUUUGAAGAAUCACAUACCCUUCAAACACUGAGUAUAUGUGAGUGUCCUGUUCUGAAACAAAGAUGCAGGAAGGAUCAAGGGCCAGAAUGGUUCAAAAUUCAAUACGUUCCAAAUGUAAAAUGGGAUCAUACAAGGAGUCAGGGAAGUUUUUUAACUUUUUAGCUUGGUGAUUGUCUCUACUCCAUCUUCCCUUCCUUGACUGAUUUGUAUGAGUAAAUUCAAAGAAGAGAAAGCUCUCCCGAGUUCAAUAGCAGACCUUCUAUCGCUCAAGCAGUUACUUAUCUGAAAUUCUGAGAAUUUGGAGAGUUUGCCCAUGUUUGAGAACAACGGUAAUUUUCCAAAUCUGAAAGAAUGAUACACGGAAGAGAGAUGGUCCAAGAUUCAACAUAUUCCAGAUGUAACUUAUGUAAAUUGGCAUAUCUGAAUGAUCACCUCACCCUCUGUUUGUCACUAUUUAAUGAUAUAUUUUAAUUUGUUGAAUCAGGAUUUAGAUAUUGCAGUAUCUCCAUCUUGUCAUUAUUUUCCAUGUUCAUUUUCCAAAAAUUAUACUCCUAAAUCAGAUAAGAUAUAGCGCAUCUUGGUGAGUUGCUUGUUGUAAUAGUAACUGAAAUAGUGAUUAUGAAUGUUACUUUUCAGUAUCAGAAUAGUGCAUCAUGGAUAAUAUUUUAUAUGAUUUCUUUUUAUACAUCAA